AUGGAAGCCGGCAAGGACAAUGCCAAUCCCACCAUCUUGAACCCAGACGAUCUACCUCGUCGUCGCCAGCGUACCGCCCCCGAGCAGAACGCAACCGCCACCAAGCACGGAAUAUUCGAUGCCUUGGUGGCGCCAGCGUAUCCCAGCCUUACCCAUCCCGCUGCAUCCUCCCCAGACCUCUCCGUCGACGACCUCUCCUCUUCCGAAGACGACAAUCAUGUCUUCUCCGACUCGGAUGACGAGGUCCGCGAGGAGAUCGAUGAACAAGAAGUCUACGACCUCAUCUCUUCCAUCAUGGACCCGGAACAUCCUCUCACCCUAGGCUCCCUGGGCGUGGUCAACCUUGAAGACAUCACAAUCAUCGCCCCUUCCUCUCCGCGCUCGCGCAUUAGUUCCGUGCAGGUCCUCAUCACGCCCACCACCUCCGCCUGCUCCCUGACGACUGUCAUAGGGCUCGGCGUCAAGGUGCGUCUGGUCAAUGCCCUGCCACCACGCUUCCGUGUCGACGUACGCAUAAAGGAAGGCACGUCUUCCACUGCCGACGAGGCAAAUAAGCAGCUUGGCGACAAGGAACGCGUCGCUGCCGCCAUGGAGAAUCGCAAUUUAAUCAACAUGGUUAACCACAUGCUCUCAUCGUGCGAGUAA